UCAGCAAAGUUUAAAGAAGGUGUUUUGUGUGCAUGCGUAUCGGUUCUCAGUCUGCAUUAAAUAGCAGGCUUCAGGCCGUCCAGUAGAUCAGUAACCAUGUUGACCGCACUUGUUCUGUUGUGUCUCGGAGCCUUUCUUCUGUACUUGAGGCUCAGGAUUCGGCGACCCAAAAACUUCCCCCCUGGACCAACUCCUGUUCCGUUUUUUGGAAAUUUGCUUCAGCUUGACCACACAAACCCACUAACGGACUUUGACAAGUUUGCUCAGCGCUAUGGGUCGAUCUACGGGCUGUUCAUUGGUAGCCAGCCGGCAGUGGUGUUGACAGGUCACAAAAUGAUCAGACAGGCACUGAUCACACAAGCGGCGGAGUUCGCUGGCAGAUCAGAAAACAUGAUGAUCAGUCAUGUAACAAACAGCAAAGGGGUGAUCAUGGCAAAUUAUGGAGAAAGUUGGCGGGAACAUCGACGCUUUGCUCUGACCGCACUGAGAAACUUUGGCCUUGGAAAGAGAAGUAUGGAGCAGAGGAUUCUGGAGGAGGUCAAAUAUAUCUGUUCACAUUUGGAGGAAUCUGCUGGAAAGUCAAUUGAUCCUGAACAUCUGUACCACCAGGCUGUUUCAAACAUCAUUGCCUCAAUCAUUUUUGGGUCACGAUUCAAUUAUAAGGAUGAAUAUUUCCAGACACUGAUCACAAACAUCGAAAAACUCAUUAAGAUUGUCAUUGGACUAUGGGCAAUGCUCUACGAAAUAGCCCCAGUGCUGAGGAUUUUCCCACUGCCCUUCUGCAAGGCUUUUUAUUAUUUUGCGAAAAUCAAAACUCACAUUCUCAAAGUUGUGGAUGAGCACAAGAAGUCACGUGUUGCCGGGGAGCCCAGAGACCUGAUCGACUGUUACCUGGACGAGAUGGAGAAAAGAGCAGAUCAACGCACCACAUUUGACGACUCCCAGAUGGUCACUUUGCUGUUUGACCUGUUUGCGGCUGGAACUGAAACGACUUCUAGCACACUCCGGACUUUAAUGCUCUAUCUGAUGACCCACACUCAUAUACAAGAACAAUGUCAGCAGGAGAUUGAUGAAGUCCUCGGUGAUCGUGAACAUGUCACGUUUGAGGACAGAAAUGCCAUGCCUUAUGUUCAAGCAGUGAUUCACGAGGGCCAGCGUGUUGCUGAUAUUGCUCCUCUUAGUAUGUUUCACACCGCCACAACCAACACUCAGCUCCAGGGCUACAGCAUCCCGAAGGGGACAAUUAUCAUUCCCUAUCUGUCGUCUGCUCUCAGAGAGGAGAGUCAGUGGAAGUUUCCCCAUGAAUUCAACCCUCAAAACUUCUUGAAUGAUAAGGGGGAGUUAAUGAAGUCUGAUGCAUUCAUGCCUUUCUCUGCAGGAUCUCGCGUGUGUUUGGGAGAAAACCUAGCUCGCAUGGAGCUCUUCCUCAUUCUGGUCACGGUGCUGCGCCGGUUUCGUUUGGUCUGGCCGGAGGACGCAGGGGAACCGGACUUCAAACUUAUAUAUGGCGGGACACAGUCAGCGAAACCUUACCGCCUGGUUGUACAAGCACGUCCACCUGGGCGGACUCGUGAACCCGUUCACCUUCUGUGACAACAUGCCCCAACGGCGGGCCACACAGCAUCCGCUAUUCAACAGAUACUGCGGCUUUUCAACACAAUACAUUACUGUAAAAAAAUAUUGGCUGUACAAAAACUACAACAUGUAACGCACAAGUGAAAACACACACAGUACGUCCUACGUGUUGAAAUCAAUUGGGUUUUAUUGUAUUUGUUUAUUUCCUCAACGUUAUUAAGCGACCCAUGUAAUCUAUACAUACAAAAAAAUUGCAAAUAAGUUCAGAAAUUAAGUUGUGUAUCAAAAUUGAAUUAUUGAUCAUAUUGUAAAAACAUCAAUAAAUUAAAACAUAUUUCAAUACAAAA